UCUGCCUGCGACCGGCCCUGCCACGGGCUGCUCUUUGCCGAGGCUGACCGGGAGGACUUGCUGAGCCUCCUGGGCUAUGAGGGGGGGUUACCUGAGGCUGGUGCCGAGACCUCCUUGGCCUGCUCCGAUGUUCUGGCUGGGACCAACGUGAAGAUGCUGCAGGCUCAGGAGGAGCCAGCCACUGUGGAGAAGCCUGAAGGGCUGGGGAGGCCAGAGAGCUUUGAGGAAAAACCUGGCAGUUGGUGUUAUGGAGGGGGGCUUUGCGAGGACGAUUCUGUCUGCGAGGGUCCUCGGGAAGGUUCCCCAGAGCCGGCAUGGGCAGCCCUGCCUUCUGCUCUGACCCCUGGGACAGAGCAACUGCCUCAGGGCCCUGUAACUAACAGGGAAUCCCCAUCAUCCUGCCCAGCCUUCAAAGAGGUUCCAGGCCCUUGUGACCCAGAGGACUUGCUGGAUGGUGUGAUUUUUGGGGCCAAGUACCUGGGCUCCACGCAGUUGUCCUCGGAGAGGAACCCCCCAACCAGCGUUCGCAUGGUGCAGGCCCAGGAGGCGGUGGACAGGAUCAAGGCACCCGAGGGGGAGUCCCAGCCCAUGACGGAGGUGGAUCUGUUUGUUUCCACACAGAGGAUCAAGGUGCUCACCGCUGACACUCAGGAGGCCAUGAUGGAUCACUCCCUUCAGACCAUCUCCUACAUUGCUGACAUCGGCUCCCUUGUGGUGCUCAUGGCACGCCGGAAGCUGCCGCGGCGCUCAGAGGUGGCGGAGGAGAAGCGUCUCUACAAGAUGAUCUGCCACGUCUUCCACUCGGCUGAUGCCCAGGUCAUCGCCCGGGCCAUUGGGCAGGCAUUUGGUGUGGCCUACCAGCGCUUCCUGGAGGCCAACAGCAUCGACCCGAGCGAGCUGAGCCCACGCCAGUACAGCCGUGCCUUGGAGGACCAGGAGCAGUACAACGCAGAGCUGACCCACUUCUCCCGGCAAGAGAACUGCAAGGACGUGUGCAUUCAGAAGCAGAAGGGGGAGAUCUUGGGUAUUGCCAUUGUGGAGUCGGGCUGGGGCUCCAUCCUGCCCACCGUGGUCAUCGCCAACCUGAUGCACGGGGGCCCUGCGGAGCGGUCGGGCGAGCUGAGCAUUGGGGACCGCCUCAUGUCAGUCAACGGGACCAGCCUGGUGGGGCUGCCCCUGGGUACCUGCCAGAGCAUCAUCCGGGAACUGAAGCACCAGACCGAAGUGACACUGAACAUUGUGCACUGUCCCCCUGUCACCACAGCUGUCAUCCGGCGCCCUGACUCCAAGUACCAGCUGGGCUUCUGUGUUGAGAACGGUGUGAUCUGCAGCCUGAUGCGUGGGGGCAUCGCGGAGCGGGGUGGCAUCCGCGUGGGGCACCGCAUCAUUGAGAUCAACGGGCAGAGCGUGGUGGCCAUGGCGCACGAGAGGAUCAUCCAGAUCCUCACCGAGGCGGUCAGUGAGGUACACAUCAAGACCAUGCCUGCCUCCACGUACCGUCUGCUGACGGGGCAAGAGCAGCCCAUCUUCCUCUGAGCCACGAUGCCUGGGGCAGGCACAAGCAAGCCCAGGACUGCAGAGGGGCAGGACUGGCUCUGCCUUCUGCCCCAGCCCUGCAUCAGAGCCCUCAGCAGGAUCUAAGUCUGCACCUCCUUUGUUUUUACUCAGGACACAGUGGGACAAUACCCAGCCUGAGCAGCAUCAAGGCCUGUGGUGCCAUGCUUUGGGCACCUCUAUUCCUCCAGUCACCUCUGCCCACCUUACAGUGCCUGCACAGUGCCUGUUCUGAUGCUGCACAGGGUCCCUUGCCUUGGCAUUGUGCUAGUGGGAGCAGAGGGGGCCCUAUGUGAAAGUGCCUCCCAGCCAGUCCCUGACUGUUGUACUUUUACACUCACCAAUGGUGCCUUUCCCAAGAUGGGGAUGGUGCAUGCAGCUCAACUCCAGAGCUCAGCCAGUACAGCCCCAGAGCAGCACUGACCCUGCAGAACCAUGUGUGGGUGCACACUGGCACCCCUGAGGGAUACCCAGCAGCUCUCAGACUCAGCCUUAAGGGCAGAAGCACUCUUGGCACCUUGUCUUCUCCCGUGGCUUGGCCAGAGGCCUGUUGGGGUGCAAACUGUCCAUUAGACACAUUGCACCAAGCUGGGAACCUGCCUGAGCUUUUACCUGGUGCUGCCUUGCAUUGCUCUGCAUGCACAGCCCAGCCCAGAGCCACAACCCUUUGAGCAGCAAAAGGGAAGAAAUAUGGCAUUGCCCAGCCCCACAUCCUGGGAGCUUGGGGCUGUGAGCCUUUUUGUCAGCAGCUCUCUGGGCUCCCAGAGCUGCAGCAGUGCUGACCUGGCUGUGCCUGUGUGCUUGGUUGCUCUAAAAAUAAAAAUUUUUGGAAAUACAUGAAGCUGCAUUUGAGGAGUGGCCAGGGAACUGCAGCAGUGAAUGCUCAGCUCUGGGGGGCAUGUCCCAGGUCUGCAGUGGUGCCAGGCCCC